GACGAUAGUCGUGCUGCUGCUUUUGAGACUGUGGAGCACUCCUCAUUUAAAAAUCUGACGAGUUUUCGGAUUUUCCAUCUUUCGGGACCUUCUCAAAAUACCUCAACCUUGCUGAUAUAAUUUCCAUCACAACGGUUGAGUGUAGUAUCCUAUCAACUCACAAUUCUGGACUUCAUCACCAUGGAAGACUUGAGCGUGGAAGUGGUGGGUGCCAACGGAGUUCUCUAUCGUGCCUCCGUUGUGGAUAUUCUUCCGAACGGGGUCCUGUUGUCCUAUGAGAACAACUGGAAGCCGGACCAGAUCGUCCCGUUCAGUGAAGUGUAUCUUCCACUGAAAGCCCCCACUCCCAACAUCCAGGCUGGCGAGGAUGUCGAAGUGUUCUUUCGACCUUCAGAACAGGAGCCCAGCGGAUGGUACCGCGCUCAUGUCAAAAUUGUCAAAGGCGAAUUUCUUGUGGUCGACAUUAAGAUAUCCGAUGCGGAAGUGCGUCAAGAAAUCGUUCCUAAUGAGUCAGUGCGGCGCCUGCUCCCCCAUCGUUCAGUCAUCUCAUCGAACAGCUUCAAGAAACUGCCCAUCGAAUUGCCAGAAGAGGUAGUGGAUAUCGCUAAGCGGCCUGAAACGUUGCGUGAAUUCCAGGAACGAACGAAAGCCGGUGUGGUGCGAUUUGACGACAAGCCCAACGCUAAAAGCCUUAUUGUUAUUUCCUCCAAUGAAAAUACACUGAAGCGCGCAAGUAUGUUGGCUCCGUUGUUCUUUCGAAGCAUGAAACAGAAACAAAUGCUCAUGAGCAAACGGGAUGAUACCGUGAAAAAGAUGACAGAUUAUUCACGCCAACCGUCUACCGCCAAAUUUGUGGAGGUCUUCACUGUCCCCAUAGAUCUCAUGGGUUUGGCUAUCGGAGCGGAAGGAAGUAAUAUCAAAACAGCACGCCGCAUUAAGGAUGUCUGGGUUGAUUUGGACGAUAGUACAGGUACGUUCACCGUGCGAGGCGAAACCGAAGAAGGGGUGAAAAAAGCCCGUGCCCUGUUGGAAUUUUGCGAAGACGUCGUACAGAUUCCAGCUCCUAUGGUUGGAAAAGUUAUCGGCAAGAAUGGACAUCUGAUUCAAGAAAUCGUAGAUGGUUCAGGCGUCGUACGCGUUAAAGUGGAGGGCGAAAACGAACCAAACACAGCGCAUCGCCUGGAGGGGCAUAUUCCGUUUGUGUUUGUCGGUUUGGCUGAAGCCAUUGCCAACGCUCGCAUGUUACUGGAAUUUCAUCUGACUCAUCUGCGUGAACUGGAACAGCUGCGACAAGAAUCCAGCGAAUUAAACCAGCAGUUGCGAUCGUUGAAAAUGGUUCCCGGAGAUGGAAUGGGGCCACGUAUAAAUCAUGGCCCAUCGGAUUACAUGUCGGACAAUGAUUUGGGUAUGAUGUCAGGUCCUCGCGGGAUGAAUCGCGGUGGCUUUCGAGGUGGCCGGGGAGCGGGUCCUGGAGUUCCUAUGGGACGCGGUGGUGGUGUGCCGGGACGCGGUGGUCGGGGCGGCGGGGCUCCUCGGAAUCAAGGUCCACCACAUGGCGAGUCGUUUAAUGGCCAGGAAAGGGUAAACGGUUACGAAAAUGAUGGUGGUAAUCGGUACGCCGACACUGAUCGUACUCGAGGUGACGGACAACGUGGCGGUCGUGGCCGUCCAGGUGGACGCGGUCGUCGCGGUGGGGAUGGGCGCGGAGGUGGGCGAGGUCGUGGCUCUGGUGAGUUUCAGGGUGGAGCCGGGAGUGGAGAUGGCCGAAGGCGUGUCACCGAUAACCAGAAAACAGUUUUUGAGGACGCUCCGGGUGAUCGAGAGGAGGCAAAUCUUCUGGCGACAACGAUCAACAUGCCGCUGAGACACAGAAUUGGUGAACUGUCUCAGUGACUCGUUACCAUCUGCAAGCGAUAAUACGGUUGCGCUUUAGAGUCGGUUUUUCAUUUUUUCGUCGGUUCUCAUAUCAUUCGGCGAUCUUAACGGAUGGAUGUCUCAGCGUUUUUUGAAGCAUCCACAUUUGACUGAAUUACUAGGAUUGUGGCUUUUUCGCACUUAAUCACAUGGUUGUGAAUUCAUGAUUUUUCCCAAUUACCCACAAACUGACGAAACUCCCAUUUACGUCUGGCAAAGAGUUUUCCAUCAUUGGACGACCACCAGCAGUUCCUGCAUGGCAAUACGAGAAAAACUAGAUUGCUCGAAUCUUCAAGAAAACUCAGUUCCUUUGGUUUAUUUUAAAGAUUGUGCGUGUCCAUUUUGGAAGCUCUACGAUGGUCUUGCUUAUGCCGGCGUUUUCUGAAAUUUGAACUUUCUUUAUUACCAAAACUCUUCCACGAAGUGGAUUCUUUGGUUUAAUGUCUUGUUUAACGCUUUGCGAUGCCAAAACCGUGUCCAUAAGUUACCUUCUUUCGUCUCUGGCUGAUGAAUCCUUUGCUCUCUAGUCUGGGACUGUAAGAAGUUGGCUUUUUGAACAGUUUUCGAGAUCUUUUCUGAUUUUUGUUUUUGUAUUAUAUUGGAAAUAAAUUAUCAUUGUGUUU